AUGGCGUCGCCGUCGUCGUGCGGGCAGCAGCAGCGGAGGUCCGCGGCGAGCGGGCCGUCCGCCAUCGCCUCGCGGCUGAACGCGUCGGCGGCGGCGGCGGCGGGGAACGCGCCGGCAGCCGCGCGGUGGACGGCGCGCGCCGACGACGAGGACGAGGCGGCGCCGAGGACGUACGACGUGUUCAUCAACCACCGGGGGGUCGACACCAAGCACAACGUCGCGCGCCUGCUCUACGACCGCCUCGAGCACCUCAGCGGCGGCCGGGUUCGCUCCUUCCUUGACAACAUGUCCAUGCGCCCCGGGGACAGGCUCGGGGAGAGCAUCGACGAGGGCAUCAGGCAGUGCAAGGUCGCCGUCGCCAUCUUCUCCAGGAGCUACUUCGACUCGGAGUUCUGCCUCUACGAGCUCGCCUCCAUCGUCGAGGCGCGCAAGCUCCUCAUCCCCAUCUUCUACGGCAUCAAGCCCUCCGAGCUCGUCCUGCCGCCGUCCGUGGAGGAGUCCAAACACAACGCCCCCAAGGACAUCGAGCGCUUCCGCCUCGCGCUCCAGGAGGCCAAGUACACCGUCGGCCUAACCUACGACCCCGCCACAGGGGACUUGGCCGAGCUCGUGUAUACGGCAGCGGACGCAGUGAUGGACAGGAUCAAAGAAAUGGAUCGCAGGGUGCCGCAACGGCAGAUGAUCGUAUCCAGGUUGUAACCUAGCUUGAACGGAACAUACUACAUCAACUACCUUAUAUUCAGACCAGCUGCGAGCUAGCUGGCCUGCGUCAUCAGUUAACGACCGGACACAUGCAUGGUGAAUAAUUCGUGCAGUAACUCAUUAACAUCGAGCGGAUUGGCUCAUUUUUUUCUUUUUUUUUCAAUGUAAUUGAUUUGAUUUUUUUAUAAUUUAGUCAUUCUUUUCAUAAAUUUGGGGAUACUACUGUAGAAAUGUAU